CACAUAGUUUCGCUCGGGUGAAUGUUAAAGGAGGCGCGUUUGACACUUACAAUCACCUGUUGCAAAAGUGCAAACGAGUCGCUGCGUUAUGUUUUUUUAAUAACAAGUUGGGUGAGUGGUUCUUUUCGUCCACACGUUCCUGUAAGCCUUUAUGGUAACCGAACAGCCGACAUGGAUGGUGAUUCGCUGUUUGCUGUCUCAGGUCUGAUUAUGGAGAAUGGGAUCCGCAGCACUUCCUGGAAUCCUUUCUAUUCAAGCCCACAGGUAGCAGAGACCAUUCAAAACGUUACUAACUAUGAUCUGAAAGCAGUUGAUGAGGAGAACAAUGUGAUACCAAACAUAAAAAGUUUAACUAAAAGCAACGCCAUUCAUCAGAUGUCUGAGUUUUCAGAUGAUCCUUUUCCAGCUCCAGACUGGGUUUUGGUUCCUCCACCUGAUUUUUAUAAAGACGACGCAGCGAAUGGCUUUCAAAGCACCUCAGCAUCAAGCGUUUGGAGUGAAGAGACAGACAUUUUCCAGCCUUUUAAAGAGAAAGCGGACACAGAUGUGACACAAAGCAGCUCAGCCAAUCAGAACACAGAAUCCUGUUCUUCGUCCAAUCAGAGCGAUCCUCUCCUGGAAUUCAUCCUCUCCAGGCAGAAGAAAUUUCAAGCAACGCCUUCUCCAAUUUCACCAUCUGAUCCUGCCAAUGUUUUCCAAGAAACAUCCACUAAAACAAACGGCUUCUUCGAGACUCCUUCACUAUCUGCCUCACCGUUGCUUUCUAAUACCAACCCAACGUCUGAUGAUAUUUUCAAGACAUCCUCGUCCAACGCAGAGCCCAAAGUCUCCAACAUUGAAGCGUUUGAUCCUUUGUUUGACACUCAGAAUAAAGUUCAGUCCAAUCAGAAGAGCAAUUCUGAUCUACUGUUCGCCCAUCAAAAUGGUACAAAGCCUGACAUUGGUAUUUCCCAUGUUGCUUUGCAAAAUGGAGCCUUUCAAGAGCCGAAAAACUCAAAUGGAGACCUGAUGUUCAGGAGGCUGCCCAAACCUGUUCCUCGUAGUAAAGCGCUGAAGGGCCUCCAUCAGCCUCCUGCUCCCUCUCAGAUCCCGUCGGCUGAGAUCGAGAGCGAUCUGCAGGUGUAUGAGGACGUUCUUCUCAUCGGUCAGGAAAGGUGUGUAGAGGACUGGCCUGAACAGAGUCCAGAGAUUUCUCCAGAAUGGAAACCUGCUGGGAAAUUAAAGCUUCGGAGAGACUCUGUAUGGAUUUCAGACUUGCCCGAUGGAGGCGGUGAUGGGAAGAAGAACGGAAAGCGGACUCUGGGAAGGAAACUGAGACACUCGCUGAUGAUCAGGAGGAGCUCAAAGGAUAAAAUUGGAGAUGAAUUGAAGAGUUCUGAGACGAACACAAACUCACUGAAUCGAGGCUCGAAGCCCACUGACAUCACGGAUGAGUUUUUCGCUCCAGAUGAAGAACAGAAUGAAGCUACUAAUCAUAAAUCGAAAAAAUCAUCAAAACCCAAGAUUAUUACACACCGCAGAGGCUCCAAGGUGAAAUCUGCUGAAGCUUCAGCUAAAGUCACUCCAGACAGUAAGGAUGAUUUAACACCCUCAUCGAAACAUGCUGAACUUAUGGCUUUGGGAGAGAAGAAAGCAGAAGAUGUGGACUGUAAACCGAAGCAGACACAGAAAUUAAAGCCUCCUGUGCCACACCGACCGUCAAAGGAUAUGUCUGCAGUUGGUCUGAAGUCAAUGAAUGGUCCUCCACUGAUGGAUUCGAAGUCCUUCUCCAAAGAUCCAUUUUUAGAAGGAGAUCUGGAUCUUGGCGCUUUGGUCCGUGACAGUCAUCAGAUAUCAGAGAUCGACAAAAAUCUGAAUGAUGAAGAGAGAAAUAUGGAGGAGACUGAUGGAAAUGCUGAUGGACAGCAAAAAUCAAAAAAGAAAGUGCGAGUUAAGUUUGUUCCUCAAAGAGGGUUUGUUAUCGGUUUAUCCAGGGCUGACAAAGCUUAUAAUGAAACAAAGGAGGAAACACCACAUCUUCAGGAGAGCGAUGAUGCUGAACUAAAGGGAGCUUUUGGAUUCACUCCUCAUCCAGAUACGAAGGAUGAUGACGGGUUUGAUGAUCUGAAGGGAACGUUUGGUUUCAAACCUCACGAGUUCAAGGAAGACACAUUAAUGAAAACUGAAGCCGGGCGGAGUUACUCACCAAACAAUGUUCAGAGCUCAUAUUCUAAUGGCUUCAUGAGUCCUCCUUCAUGGGAUUCAAAGGCUGAUCUGGAGACAGAUGUCCAUAAAACUUCAGAUCUUUUCACACCGUUAGACGGCAAUGAGAAACAUGCAGAGAUGACAGACUGUCGACCGAAGAAAUCACUGAAGUUUAAAGUCCUUCGCUUACAUCGACAUCACUCAAAGAGUACUGAAGACUCUGAGAUCAAGCAGAGCAAAGAUCAUGAAGCUUCAGAGAUGAAGAAGCCUCCCCUUCUUAACGUGCCGCCGCUGUCGCCUCGAGACUCAAAGAGCUUUGAAGAGGACGAGUUCCCUCAGAAGGGUGCAGAUCUGUUUAAGGCAGGAGACGAGGAGUUCGCGGAGGACAUCGGCUGGGAGGAAUAUACACCGGAUAAUAAACCACAGAAAUCUAAAGAGACUGACAUGCAUCGCAGAGGGUCAAAGACUAAAGACAUAAAGGACUUUCCUGAAGACUUUCUUGAUCCUCCGGGUGCCACGUCUGGAGAUUUUUACCUGUCUGAUGCCGCUAAGGCUGAGUGGAUGUCAGCUCAGAUGGACAUAAGACGACUCAGAGAUCAAGAGGAAGAGCAGAAGCAGGAGGAAGAAGAGGAUGAAGGGGACACUGACAGUCUGAUGGAGUGGUGGAAUACAGUGGAAUUUUGGGAGGAAAUGCCUGCUAAUGAGACGAUCAGCUCGAAAGAAGAAGAAACCAUAUCGUUUAAAGCGGUCGCCGAUAAGGUCCAUCGUGGUCUCCGCAUGUAUUUGAAGCUCUUCAUGGAGCGAGCCGAGCUGCUCUACCAGCACGUGCUGAUCUUAUACGGCAUCGCAGACGACCUCAGCAACUUCCACCAUCGCACUAAAAUCGCAAACAUCACGGGAGGAACGACCACCGCUGUGGGAGGAGCCGCAGCCAUCGCGGGACUGGCGCUGGUUCCCGUCACGUUUGGUGCAUCCAUCAUCAUCUCUGCCAUCGGACUUGGCGUCGCCACGGCGGGCGGCAUCACAGCCGCAUCCGCCACCAUUUCAGACACUAUCAACAACAUGCAUGACCGUAAGAAGAUUGAACUCAUCAUUAUGGACUACGAGGCCCAGCUGGUGGAAAUGCAGCGCUGUCUGCGAUUCAUCAUUGAAGGUCUUUGUCGAUUACGCUCUCAUCCGCUGCUGCGACGGAACAACUACUACACCGGUGACUGGGAGGUACGACGGGCCCUGCAAACCAUUAGCUUAGUUAGUGACCCGGUAGAUCAAGCUGAAGAAAUAAUUAACCACACGCUGGCCAAGUUAGCCAGUCUGCAGAAAGGAAUAGACAAGUACUUCACUAAAGACUCCAAAGAGGUGAAGAAGGGCUGUAAGAAAGAGGUGACGGCUGAAGUGCGAGGCCUGGCCAAACAGCUGCACGAAGGUUUAGCGGAGCUCAACUCCAUCAGAGAACAACUGCUUGACGCGAGUGGAAACAUCUAGUAAAUCUCAACGUCGCCGUGCAUUUGGUUUCAGCUGUCUGCGCUCCUAUUGGUCGUCGCUGCAUACAGUGGAAUGGUGCUUUUGCAGCAAGUUCCAACUCACAUUAAGAUUAAAUGAAGUCUAGAUGCUUUAUGGCUGUAAAUCGCCAUCAGUGUGAACGCAUCUUACAGCUUAACCAGAACUGGGCUGUAUUGAAUUGAGCUUUCUUGAAGAUACAGGUGAUGAAACAAGAAAUCCAUUCAGCAUGCAAAUGAUUACAAGAUUCCUCCACAUAAGUAACUCAUAUUUAAGAGACUUCUAGAAGCGUGAUGUUUUCCAUGAUCAACAAUACCAAUCAUCCUUUGCUGGACUGCUGUAUGUCCUAAGAACAGUCUGCUAAAUUAUUUCUAUCCACUAUAUUUUCUCACGCCUUCCAAUGUCAAUCACUCCCAGUUAUUUUUAACUGCACAAAACAGCUCCUUAUGCUGCUUUUUUUAUUGCAAACCAGUAGCCUAUUUCUUAUAUUUUAAUUCAUUGUUGUAUUUAUAAACUCACAAAUACUUUUACACAUUCGUCUUAUUUACCGACAGCAACUAAUGAAUCGGAAGUCUUGCACAUUCACAGAAAAUAUGUCCACGUUGCAAACUAAGGAUAUGUCACAAAUUAUUUGUAUUGUACAACUAUUCUGUUGUGGUCACAGUUUGUGGUUAAAGUCUAGUUUUUGUUCACAGUCCUGUUCUGCUUAUGGUGAGAAGCCAACUAACAAGAAUAUAUUUUAAGAUUUUUAAGUACAGUAAUGAAAAGUUUAUGGUUUUGGAUGUAGGGGAGAGUGGGGUAAGAUGAGCCAGUUUUUACUUAUGUGGUCUUCAAGAUAAGGGAACAUGAGGAUGUUUCCUAUCAUUUUAAAUGAUCAGAAUGUAUCUAUGACAAAGGGUUCUAAAAUCAUGGCUUCUUAUAAAGAAGUGGUCCUGUGGCUUAAUUUGCCUCCCACUCCUCCCAUGUGUUUUUUCCUUUGCACAGUCUGGCAGAAAUGAUGUGUGAUUCCAAAAUACAUGGUCACAUGACAGUAAACAUGUACAGCUGCCAAGACACAGGGGGUGGCACAACUUACCCCACUAUACCCUAGUGCAUUUUUAAGUAAAUCUCUCAUAUGCUCUUGUUUUGCUCAAAUGGUAGUAUAAACAACACAGAGGCUGUUACACAACAAAGUUCUUUCCUGUCUUGACAUGAUUAUGAAUAUAUUUAAAUAAAAUGUGUUGUAAUGUAUAGCCUACUCUGUCUGAGUGACUAAAAACAUCUCAGAUGAUUAUGACUACAUCUAUAACCCAUGCAGCAGUGACAUCAAAGAGUUCAAGUUUGGGUGGAAAAUCGCAAUUUUGUUCAAACACGCCCUGCGAUCAUGUGCUUUUUCGAGGAAGAGUUGGAGGACUUACAAGGAAAGAGGGGGCAGCUGGGUUUCUUCUCACCUCAGGAACUGAACGCACUGUUUGUUUUGUUUCAUGUUUUUAGAACUUUUUUUAGUUAAGCAGAUCUGAUUUGGCUUUUUGCAGCGGAACGUCUGCGAGUUGAACGGCUUCUUUUAAACGUUUCAGAACUUUGAAAACUGUAGCUCUCUGUGUUUGUGUUCGUUUGUUUUUGUUUUUCUUUGGGAACAGGUUUUAAAGAGAAGACAGUUACAAACAGAUCAUUAUAAAGUGAACUUAUCUACAUGACCUCAAGUUACAUAAUUAAUGUUCAGGAGCCAUUCCUCACACAUGCGUCAGACGGACGUCUUGGACAGG